GUCUUAACAUAGAGGCAUAGGUAGGCGGUUGCUUGGGGCCCCCUACCGGCGGUCGAAGUAGGGGGGCCCCCAACCAACCUAAAAAAACAACAAAAAAAAAAAACCUUAUCAUCAUGAACGCUUCAAAAGCAUGGUGAAUUGUAUUAACAUUCUUAAGAAAUACGUUGAAACAUUGAAGUAGUAGUUAAAAUGUCCAGUUCAUGGUUAUCUGUCCCUACACAUAUACACCCCCUACUUUCAUAAUGAAAUGGACCAGUCCGUGACGGUGCGCGGCGCGAAAGAUAAACACACAGUGACAGGAGGACUGGGAAGUACACAAACAGAGACGAAGCAAGACGCGAAAAUGAAACGAUGUUACCCAAGCGGCUCAAAUAAGAGAAAAAAACGAAAAGACACAGAUAAGUAUUUGGCAACGCUGCCGAAGAUGACACACUUUUUUACGGCUACUGUUGUUGGGGUUGGGGAUACAGACAGGAACAACGCCCAAAGCGUUGAACAUGCCGCUACAGCAGCAUCAGCAACAGCUAGCUGUGAAGUGGCGCUAGUUGUAGUUGAGGAUAACAUUAACCAAGAAAUCAAUGAAAAGGACAUCACGUUGUUGCCGCCCGCCGUCACCGACAGUGUUAUCGACUUUGACACAGAUGAGGUGGAAGAGUUGUCCAGUGAUGGCCAUUUUGACACCGAUGAUGACGAUGAUGGGGCUUUGAUUUUCAUUGGAAUUAUGAAAAGCCAUGAUGGUGUUCUAAAGGCCAUGAGAGGGAAGAACCUGCCUCUUGAAGUUCAAACAAACUGGUCAUCCGAGCAAGUGUUAAUAGCUGGUGAAAAUAAAGUAAAAGAUUUUAAUCAGGACAUGGAAGAGGGCUCCUAUGUUUUACUGCACCCAGAUUGUUCAGAGGUUAAAAUAUUCCAGGAACAAACACCCCUGACCCUGCGAGUUUCUGACCCUCCUAAUGGACUGUUUAAGAGCACGGAGAAGCUUUGA